GCGGAGCCGGAGGAGAGAAGUGAGUGAGCGGACGAGCAUUGAUAAGGUUCCCGGAGGUGAGUGGAGGAAAUCCUCCUCUCUGAACACACGUUUUUAAGGAUUUUAGCUCGACGUUUUUUAAUGUCAGCACACAGCGUGGACUGUUUUCGGGCACACAGAACCAGUCCUGCGCUGGCACAAUUUUUUGAAGCCCCGCAAAAACCGCAUUUCAGGGGCGCCAACGGACAAAUCACAUUAACAGUCAACGGCACAUCAAGCUCACCUCGCCGGGCGACGAUGGAGGUCCGCCGCUAAGGGCUCUUCUCGGGGCGGGGGUGGGGGGCACCGGACUCGGCCGGAAUUUCGCCAAAAUUACGACGGGAAUCAAGUACAGCUCCCUGUCUCCCGGUACCGGGAGAGAACACCGGCCGCUCGUGAUGUCUCGUGCCAAGGAGCGGCUGAAAGGCGGGAAUGAGACCAAGGACAGCGUCACCCUGCUGCCGUGCUUUUAUUUUGUAGAGCUCCCUAUCCUGGCCUCCUCUGUUGUCAGUCUUUAUUUCCUGGAGCUGACAGAUAUUUUCCAGCCGGUGCAUUCUGGGUACAGUUGUAAUGACCGCAGUCUGUCUCUGCCCUACAUCCUGCCCAGACAGGAAGUCUGUCCACUGCCUCUACUCUUCAGCUUGGCAUUUGCCGCUCCCACCGUCACUAUUCUAAUAGGUGAGGCCAUUCUGUACUGCUAUCUGUCCAGGAGGUCAUCAGCCACACAGACUGAGGCCAACAUCAACGCUGCAGGCUGUAAUUUCAACUCCUACAUUCGCAGGGCGGUACGCUUCAUAGGUGUCCAUAUAUUUGGCCUGUGUGUGACAGCACUGAUAACUGAUAUUCUCCAGCUGUCUACUGGUCAACACACCCCCUACUGGUUGGAUGUAUGUAAACCCAAUUUGACCCACAUAAACUUGUCCACCUGUGAUGAAGCUUUUAUUCUGGAGGAUAUCUGCUCUGGACAAGACACCGGGCUCAUCAAUGCUGGGAGGAAGUCUUUUCCCUCCCAGCAUGCAACUCUGGCCGCCUUUGCUGCUGUCUACAUCUCAAUGUACUUCAACACGGUGCUGACAGACUCAGCCAAGCUGCUGAAGCCUCUCCUGGUAUUCUCUUUCGUCAUGCUGGCCAUCCUUGCCGGGUUAACCAGGAUCAUCCAGUUCAGAAACCAUCCUGUUGACGUCUACUGCGGCUGGUUACUGGGAGCUGCCAUCGCCGUUUAUCUGGGUGUAUACGCAGUGGGGAAUUUCCAGCCCAGUGAGGAUCGAUCCAGAAGUCGACCAGCUCCCCCCACCCUGAGAGAGCCCCCCCUUUCCUCUCUUCCAAAUGUCAGCCAAGCAACAAUUAGCAACAGCCACCAAGUUUGGCCUCUCCCUGUUGUCCACCUAGGUCACCACAGCCUGGCUCCCAGCCAACCAGAGCCCAUCCUUACGAGGACCACAUCCCACACCUUGUCCUCCAACCAGCCGGAGUGCAUCCUCACGCGAAGCUCCUCCUACCGAGAACCCUCCCUGUCCAAUCUGAAAAGAGCCAGUGCUGAAGUGGAGGUGAUAUCUCCGUCCAGUCCCCUGGGCAACCAUGACAACAUGAUGACCUUCAGCAGCAGCACACUGCCAAGGUCCCACGGCGGCUCCUCAUUGGAGGAGGGCCGCAUUCCUCGGCGUCACGCCUCCAUCCACGCCUCAAUGGACUCAACCCGAUCUAAACAACUGCUCAGCCAAUGGAAGAAUAAGAAUGACAACAGGAAGCUGUCCCUGCAGGUGAUGGAUGGAAUAAGACCAGCCUCCUCCUCAUCUCCUCAGAGGAACAUGGAGCUGCGCUGCUCCUCUGAACCUUCUGCCAUGGGCCUGGAGGCAGAGCUCCGUGGUGGAACACACCUACCUUUAGUCACUGGUCAGGAAACAGAGCUGCGUGCUGGGGCCCACAUCCCAGCUCAGUACAUGAAACUGGCAGCAAGCUCUGUUCCUAUGGCCAAUCAUAAUCACAUGGCCCAUAACGGCAGCACUGGAUUGGCUGGUGGGGCGAGAGUGUCUAUCCAAUCACGGCCUGGAUCCUCCCAGCUGGUUCACAUUCCUGAGGAGGAGAACCCAAGCUGCAGGGAUCAGGAGAGUGAAUCAGAGGACAGCAUUAUGGACGGGGGCGGGUCAGUGAGGGAAAAGUGGCUGAGAGUGGCUGAGAAGACCACCAUCCCCUGUAGGCCGCUCAGUGCUGGUGGACAGCCUCGACUAAUGCAGGUGAUAGCCUUAUCCAAACAGCAGGGUCUGCUUCACUCAGCUCGUUCAGAGGAUGGUGGCAGCACUGUCAGCUGCACCGGAUCCAUUCGGUACCGAGCACUGACGGACCAGGACCCAUCACCACCCGCCUCCACCACCGGAGCAGUGGGAGGAGGAGGAGGUCUGGAAAGAUCUGGCAGUAUAGUCCGUGUUGAAGCUCACCCAGAGUCCAGAUCAAACAAACCAGUGGUAAGACCUCCAAGCACAGACGGAAGUGGCUCCUGGCGAUGGAAACCACCAGACCAACGAGCUUCGCUCCGACAGUCUGCUUUCACCCUCAAUGACCUGAACAGACACACAGACAGCUGUGAUUCGCUACGGGAUGGAGGGUCAGUGGAUGGGCGGAGGAGCGUGACAGGGACUGAAUCGGAGAGCGAAGGGGGAGGAGAUGGAGGAAUGGGAGGGGGAGGAGGAAGUGUAUACUCAAACCACCCACAUGUUGUACAGCCUUUACAUCCCUUACAUCCAAAUAAUCCCAACAACAUCCAGUCCCACAAUUUUAACCCCAACAAUCCCAAUAAUCCUAACAACAUGCAGUCCCACAAUUUUAACCCCAACAAUCCCAACAACAUUCAGUCCCACAAUUUUAACCCCAACAAUCCCAACAACAUUCAGUCCCACAAUUUUAACCCCAACAAUCCCAAUAACAUGCAGCACCCCAGUUUCAACCCCAACAAUCCCAAUAAUCCUAAUUUUAAUAAUACUCACUUUAACUUCAACCCCAACUCUACUAACUCCAACAUGCAGUAUACCCCCACUGCCACCUUUGCUCCUCCCUUCCACCCCCACCCUCAGACCAUCACCACCAUCAGGGUGACCCCGGUGGAGGGAACGGCCACCAGCAGCGACGGCGGCUCAGACUGCCAGUCGGUUGCCUCGUCAAGUCGUGAGUCGACCCUGAGGAGGAAGAGUGGCUCCCACAUGGCCCACGUCCCGGAUCGAGGGCCCACCCCCGACCUCCAUAACAACCACCGCCCCUGUGACGACAGCAACCGCCUCGACAAUGAAAGCACCAACCGUUUUCACGAAAACCUUCGAAGUUUUCAAGAAAACCCCAUCCACCCUAACCACCCCAACAGGCAGUUACAGGGGAUGUUUGGCCGUCCCAGCCCAACCCCCCCGCCUACCUUACCCCGGCCUAUCCUGACUCACACUCCGCCACCUUCUCUAGGGUUCGCCUAUAAAGAAUGACACAUUUAGUGUUAAGUUCAUGUGUCCUACUUGACCAGUACAAAUUUCAAUGGAGAUGCUGCAUGUGCCAUACAGGACUUUGGAAAUUUGGUUAAAUCAAUCCAUCACUGAGGGUCGGCCAAUAAAGGGAUGGCCAAAAAUGUGUUAGUCCCAUACACAACCUCUCACCUGGCCAGUUAGGUUACAAUAAAUGGCCAAUUGUGUCCCUGAUGGUUUAGUACCCAACUGGAUAAAAGUUGUGUCUUACUAUGAAACGUACUGUACGCUUAAUUAAAACCUAUUUGCAAUAGGUUCAUGAUCAACCUUUGGGUCACAAGCCACACAGAGUACAAACACAAUUAGCCCUGCCCCCGAUGUCCAACCGGCCAAUAAAAAAGGACUAUAGUGAAGGGCCACCAUAUGAGGGGUGAGUUUGAUCAAAGAUUUUUUUCUUCUUUUUUUAAUCUCGGAUUGCUGGGUACACCAGUCAGUUUUUUGUAAAUGUAAUAUAUUGAGUGCACUUGCUUCAUAGGCCCAUAAUGAACUAAAUAAGCUGCGGUCCCUUUGACUCACUCAGAAGGAGAGACUCCAGCGUCCUCGAUCUGUCCCAUAGCUCCCUGCCAGCAAGGAUGGAUUCAGCCUAAUGACUCUGCCCCCUUUCCUCUGACUCCCAGGUCAGCUGCAAAUGGGGAAAAAAAACAAAAAAACAUUCUUAUCACAACAUUUAUACAUACAGUAUAUUCUCAGCUUUCAUCCUGUUGUCAAAUGCAGGUUAAGAAUAUUGAUAUAUAAACUUUGCUAGUAAUCACAUGUCAUUAGAUGGAAAUUUGCAUUCAAAGCCCAUAACUGUGCUGUGUUUGUACAUAACGACUGUGGGUGGCCACAGUGGAAAUUAAACCCACACUCUUAAUUGUG